AUCCCCCCCCCCCCCCUCCUCCUCCUCCUCCUCCCCUCUUCCCAUAACAAUAAAACAGAGACGGAUUCAGCGAUUUAAAAAAACCGCAGUGAGAAACUCACACAAACGUCAAUAAGACCCCGGGGGGUUUAAAGUAACGCCGCAGGCAGCCAUGCUGUCGGACGCAGACUACUCUGGGAAUGCCUCUGGUGCUCGGCGAGCCAAGAAGAGGAGCUCCGGGGAGUCACCGGGGGACGGCCAGACCCUGCGCUCCUCAGGAAGGCAAAUCAACGUCCGGGUGAAGCGCACCAACAACCCUCCACCUGGACAGAGCAAAAGAAAAGCCACAGAUACAGAGGAAGAAGAUGAUCAGUCCGAGAAAAAGUACAGAAAGUGUGAGAAGGCUGGAUGCUCUGCCACAUACCCCGUUUGUUUUGCAAGCGCAUCUGAAAGGUGUGCUAAAAAUGGAUACACAUCCCGUUGGUAUCAUCUGUCAUGUGGCGAACAUUUUUGCAAUGAAUGUUUCGAUCACUAUUACAGAAGUCACAAAGAUGGCUAUGAGACGUUUGCAUCGUGGAAGAAGGUGUGGACUAGUAAUGGGAAAAGUGAGCCCAGCCUGAAAGCUUUCAUGGCAGAUCAGCAGCUGCCAUUUUGGGUUCAAUGCACCAAACCGGACUGUAGGAAGUGGCGUCAGCUGACCAAGGAGAUCCAACUCACUGCUUCCCUAGCCGCAACAUAUCGCUGUGGAAUGAAGUUCAACAACAUCAAGACUGAGGGACCGGACCAGUGCUCCCAACCAGAGGACUUGAGAGUGGCUGAGGUGACUGACAGCUGGUGGCAUUCAAUGCUGAUUUUGCCGCCACUGUUUAAAGAAAGUCCAGCCAGCCCUUUCCUCGCUGCCUACUACCCUGACUGUGUGGGAAUGAGUCCAUCAGGUUCUUCCAGCAAUGUGUCUCUGUCUGAGCUGAGGGCAGAUCACUGCAGAGCUGUGCAACCACAAAUUCCAGGUCUGUGCCCGUACUUCCAGCCCUUCUACCAACCUAAUGAGUGUGGCAAGGCUCUGUGUGUGCGGCCGGAUAUGAUGGAGCUGGACGAGCUUUACGAGUUUCCAGAAUUUUCCCGUGAUCCCACCAUGUAUUUGGCCUUGCGUAACCUUAUUCUUGCCUCCUGGCACAAGAACUGCAAGGAGAUGCUGACUUCUCAGAAAUGUGCACUGCACAUCAUUGUGCGGGGGUUGGUGCGCGUACGCUGCGUGCAGGAGAUGGACCGGGUGCUCAACUUCAUGACCAGGAAGGGUCUGAUCAACACGGGUGUGCUGGCAGUCAAACAGCCUCUGCUCCCUGAAAGAUAUUUCUCCAAGAACGUUAUCGUCAUUGGUGCUGGGCCGUCAGGGCUGGCUGCUGCACGGCAGCUGCAGAACUUUGGCACUCAGGUGAUGGUGCUUGAGGCAAGGGAGAGAAUUGGAGGUCGAGUGUGGGAUGAUACUUCUCUGGGUGUCACUGUAGGUAGAGGAGCUCAGAUUGUCAAUGGCUGUGUGAACAACCCCAUUGCCCUGAUGUGUGAACAGAUGGGCAUCAAGAUGCACAAGCUGGGAGAGCGGUGUGACCUCUUUCAGGAGGGGGGACAGGUAACUGACCCGACCAUCGACAAGCGCAUGGACUUCCACUUCAACGCCAUCCUGGACGUGGUGUCAGAAUGGAGGAAGGACAAGUCACAGAACCAGGACACACCACUGGGAGAAAAAGUCCAGGAAGUGAAGAAGAACUUUCUGCAGGAGUCUGGGAUCCAGUUUAGUGAUUUGGAGGAGAAGGUGUUGCAGUUUCAUCUCAGUAACCUGGAGUAUGCCUGUGGAAGCACAUUGGACCAGGUAUCAGCGAGAUCCUGGGACCACAAUGAGUUUUUUGCCCAAUUCUCAGGAGACCACACUUUACUCACCAAGGGCUACUCUGUUUUACUCCACAAACUGGCCGAGGGCCUCGACAUCCGCACAAAGUGUCCGGUUCAGGCCAUUGACUACUCAGGCGACGUUGUCAAAGUUACCUCCUCCGAUGGGACCCAGUGGACAGCACAGAAGGUUCUUGUCACAAUCCCAUUGACUUUACUUCAGCAGAACUUGAUCCAGUUCAACCCUCCGCUACCUGAAAGGAAACUGAAAGCGAUACACAGUCUGGGAACUGGUGUCAUAGAAAAGAUCGCUCUUCAGUUCCCCUACAGAUUCUGGGACAACAAAAUCCAAGGGGCAGACUACUUUGGUCACAUCCCACCAGGUCCUGAGAAGAGAGGCAUGUUCAGUGUCUUCUAUGACAUGGAUCCACAGGGAAAGCAGGCUGUCCUCAUGUCAGUUAUCACUGGUGACGCUGUGCCUGCUGUUCGCGACAUGGAGGACAAGGAGGUGGUAGAUGAGUGCAUGAAGGUUCUUCGUGAACUUUUCAAGGAACAGGAGGUCCCAGAGCCGCUGAAUUUCUUUGUCACCCAUUGGAGCAAAGACGUGUGGUCCCAGAUGUCCUACAGUUUUGUGAAGACAGGGGGCAGCGGAGAGGCCUAUGACAUCCUUGCUGAAGACAUACAGGGAAAGGUGUUCUUUGCUGGCGAGGCCACCAACAGACACUUCCCUCAGACUGUGACAGGAGCCUACCUCAGCGGGGUCCGAGAGGCCAGCAAGAUGGCUGCUAUGUAAACUGUCAGUCCCAGAGCACUCAAAACCACCAGCAUGGACACACGGUUGCACUGAGCAACAGACCAUUUAUCAACUUGGGCUGGGUAACCUUAAUUGCUCAACUAGAAAUGAGGUUUCACCAUAUUGUGAUGUGUCCAAUCAGCAAGAUGCCUUUAGUCACUUUCCAAUAGCCAGUUAAAGUAGGGCUCUCCAGGGUCUGGCUCUACAAUAUUUAACAUAAGAGAGGUUGGAGUGCUCUUUAUUUAUAUCAAAUAUCCAUCUGAUAAAAUGGUUUAUUGUUGACGACGAGAUGCAAAAACUUAAUAGCAAUGCAGGAAGAAUGGAUUAUUGCUGUGCAGCUCUGCCCUGUUCCGCUGUGCUGGAAAGCAGGAUGAUGUUAUCUUUGAAUUUAAUGAUUGGUGUACUUAGCACUUCUGUGAUGAAAUGGUCAGAAAUUUUCAUUUUUGGAGAGAUUAGGCUGCAUGAAACAUUAGUAGACUCUCAUUCAUCUAAUCAUGAAAUCAAAAAGAAUAAGAUUUAAUCUCCAGGGAUCAAGUUUUAAGAGAUGAUAUCAUAGUAAUAUUUAAAAAUUUCUUCUUUGAGAGUUACCUACCAAUGUUUUAUACAGCUUUAAUGAAUUUGCAUUGUAUUUCAUGUGAUUAUAUGUUUGGUACAAAUGUAGUGGAAUGGAUGAAAGGUUAGAUAUAGACCUUCUGCGAUAGCACUUUUGAUUUAAAACAAUUACAUUUAAAAUAGUAAAAAAAUAAAUAAAUGAAUAGUUCAUGUGUAUGACAAGUUGAAUUCCCCCUUGUGGUUGAGAAUGAUCAGAAGACGCCUGAUUGUCCCCCCCUUACUUUCUCAGGGAUUUGCUCAGGAUUACACCACCUAGCAGAAAAUGAUAGAAGAAAAUAAUGUGAUUUGACAAUAUUGAAGAUCUUUGUCAAAAACAGUAAUGGAACCAACCAAAGAAGGAAAAAAAUGCUCCAUGUUGCUCUUGAAUUAGUUCCUGAACAAUUAAGUUCCUGAGGUUUGGGGUUGGGGAACAGCACAACAAUGUCCUCACUUUCUUUGAUUAAUGUUGACUAAUGAAGCUUCACAUGUGGAGUCAUAUCUUUGUGUGAAUCAGUGCAUCUAGAUGAUUAGGUCCUGUUUGUCUGACAUUACAGUGCUUGAGUAUUUAUCUUGUAUGUGUGUAAUAAACUGAGCUAUCAACUGCCA